GGCUUCAACGUGGCUAUGAAGAGGUACAUUCGCUGCCAUGCUAGCGCUUUGAUGUUGAUAGUAACACGCGACUAACUGAUGGAAUACAGCACUCCAAACAUGAUCGCACCUUUAUGGUUCCGUCAGCGGCUGCGCGGCCAGCCCAUCUCAUUGUCCCGCGGUCGCAAACAUCUUGGCUCCUGGGACUUCCGGACCACGUGCUAGGAGCUACAGAGGCGCAGAAUACGCUGCUCCACAGCAAGUACAGCUUUCCUGUAUCACCAGCACUCGGCUACGAAUUCCCCUUGCGAGUUGUCCACAGGCACCUUAAUCGCGCUCUCCACAACCUGACUCCCGAUAUCUGGGAGGAGGUGCAAGCUGCCAUGGAUACAGCACUCGGCUGCGACACGGAGAACUGGAAGUCACUCAACGUGUGGGCCAUAUCUCUGGACAUCCUGACACGGGUGACGAACCGCAUCAUCCUCGGACCGGGCAUCAACCGGGACCCGACUCUGCUGAAGCACAUGGUUCACUUUGUCGACAGCAUCAUCAUGAACUGUUUCGUGCUCGACUUCUUGCCAAAAUGCCUGCAUCCCAUCUUCGGCCCUUUGGUCAGCAUACCUAACAGAAUGCACUUCAAGCGUGGCGCCGAAAUCACGAUACCCCUCAUCAAGCAGCGAUUGCAUGACCUGGCACGCAAAGAGGCAAGCGACCCGGCCUAUGAGAAGUGGAAGGAGCCCGAGGACUUCAUCACAUGGGACAUCAAGAUGGCCAAGGCCGAGAACAACAAGGCCGAGCUGGAGCCUGAGAACAUUGCCAAGAGGAUCUUGCCCAUCGAGUUUGCCGCGAUCCACACGACAACAAUUACCUGCAUGUACAUGAUCAUCGACCUCAUGUCGACGGAUCCGAGCCUUGGUGUCGUGGAGGAUCUGCGCAGGGAAGCGGCUCAGGUAUUUGCGGAGGAGGGUGGCCAGUGGACCAAGGAGGGCCUGUUCAGGCUGCACCACAUGGACAGUGCGAUCAGGGAGAGUCAGCGCUUCAGCACCUUCGCACUGACGCUGACGGAGCGGAUGGUGGUUGCGCCCGAGGGUAUCACCAACGAGAUUGAGGGAUGGCAUGCGCCGCAAGGGACGGUGAUCAAGCUGAACCUGUUCAGCGUGCACAAAGAUCCCGAGAUCUAUGAGAACCCGGACGCCUAUGAUCCAUUCCGGUACUCACGCACGCGGGAGAGCCUUCUUGCGGAGACGAACGGAAUGGCGGGCGUGGUGCAGCUCAAGAAGACGGGCCUGACGACGACGAGUGAUACGCAUCUUGCCUUCAGCCACGGGAGGCAUGCCUGCCCCGGGCGGUUCUUUGUGGGCCAGGAGCUCAAGAUGAUCUUUGCCAACCUGCUGCUCAACUACGACAUCAAGCCGAUUACGGAGCGGCCCAAGACGGAGUGGCUGGGGAGUGUGGCGCUGCCGCCGAUGAAGGCGACGAUUGAGGUGCGGCGGCGGAAAGCGGCGUGGACGCCCGACUCAGCCAACUGAGCAGCUGUCUUUGGGAGGCGUUGUCAAAUGCGAGACUUGGGUCUAAGUUGUGUAUCUUUAUUUCUGGCGUUGGGAUGGCCGACUGCGAAAAGAAGGCGGCGCGAGGGCGCUGGAUAUGCGAUUCUGCCGUUUGAACGCGGAGGAUGUGGUUUGUCUGGUUACCUACUUAUGUAAGCAGGACAUUGCGUCUGUUGUGUAUAUUCUUCUUUGAGAACCGGCAUGGGUUCUUUGAUAAUCAACAAAUCAUGCCGCACAGAGACCACCCACGCCUGUGGCUUGCGCAUGUGAAGGUGAGGCAGGCAGGCAGGCAUGCAUGCAUGCACUACCCCACCUGCACAGCACCAGGCCAUCCCCGUUUCCCCAGACCCGGCUGCGAG